AGGUAUGUCCAGAUGUAUAUCCAAAUGUAUGUCCAGAUAUAUGUCCGGAUGUAUAUCCGGAUGUAUGUCUGGGAGGGAGUGGGGGUGAGAGUUGUGGAGAGUUGGAGGAUGAGUGGUCUGGCGUGCCGAUGCCUGGCCAGUUCCCGAUAUCGAACUGGUUGGCAGGGAGACUCAACGUCACUCAUGGUGAUGACGAGUGCAGCCUUUCACCCGGGCAGCCUUUGGAGGCCCAGUUCGCCGAUAUCAGCCAAAACGAACUGGACUUCGAUCCAAAUAUGGGCUCGGAUUUAGACCUGUCGUCACUGAACUUCAUCGAUCCCAGUGCUGGACAGCCUUCCUUAUUAGAAGAGGGGCAGAGCGGACUAUCUACGGGCACGCGUUCAGAAAAGGGCUCAGCAGAACAUCUUACGGGACCGGAUUUCGUGUGCGGCACAUGUGACGUCUCCUUCCCUUCCCAGGGCAAGUUAAAUACACAUAAUAGACGUCACGAGAAAAACCAUCGCUGCACCCAAUGCGAAUGGUCUUUCUCGGAAGCACGAGACCUACGCCGCCACGUACAGUCGAUACACCAGCAGGAGUGGGACCAAUGUUCCCAGUGUGAGAGGAAGUUCAAACGACGGGGUGAUAACUUGCGACGGCACAUGACGCAGUAUUGCAAGUAUAGAAAUAGAGACGUGGUUUAGGGGGUGAGUUGGCCAGUCGCACAGGCACGCCGGAGGAUAAAUACGAUGGCAAGGGCAUUUUUGUUAUCGCUUUACAUCAAUCAGGACACGUUGCUCCGAGGUAACCGCAGAGCCUUGAUCGAUUUAAUGAUGUAUUAUAUAGCAUAUAUAUGAUAUAAUACAUCAUUACAUCGGUCAAGGAUGUGGUUCAGUCCAAACUCGGGCCAAAUUCCGUCACUAGGUAGCUACAUGAGUUUGUGAGGAUGUUGACCUUGUCGGCCUCAUCGUCGACAAGGUCAACAUCCUCACUGGUAGUACUAGUGGCAGUCAUUAAUUUAAGUAAAUCCCUUGCCAUGCAAGCUUACUUACCUUAGGUAUAUUCUCCCGGAUCCAUGACUUCAUCUUGUAUAAAUUGACGUAUCCCUAUCUCGACAAUAUCGACAUUACAUGAACUACUAAGAACAGGAG